UGCACCGACACACACAACUUCCAGCACCCGCCAGCUGGGCCAAAAUGGGGAUUAGCAAAGCUGCCUUUCUCUUUCUUUUCUCGCUCAGCUCAGUGCAAGGAAACAUACUAGACAGCUAUGUGAGAACAGAGGGAGCUUGGCUGCUCAACCCAAAGAAGCAAAUUUAUAGGACGAAUACUAAAGAAGAAUGUGCAGAGCAAUGUGAAACUGAAAAUAAAUUUACUUGCAGGGCCUUUUUAUUCACCAGUAAAGACCAACAGUGUUUAACAUUGGCUGAGAACACCAAAACAGCAGUGAUAUUCAGAAGAACAAAUGCAGUUCUUUAUGAAAAAAGAAUUUAUCUUCUAGAAUGCAAGAAGGGAACAGGGGUGGAUUACAGAGGAACAGAAGCUAAAACUCAGAACGGUGUGCCAUGCCAGAAGUGGGUUGAUAAUGCCCCCCAUAAACCAAAUUACACACCUGAAAAAUAUCCCAAUGCGGGACUGGAGGAAAACUAUUGCAGAAAUCCCGAUAACGAUGAAAAGGGACCUUGGUGUUACACAACAGAUCCUGCUACCAGAUUUGAUUACUGUAACAUCCCAGAGUGUGAAGUGGAGUGCAUGCACUGCAGUGGAGAAAACUACCACGGAGUAGUUGCGACAACAGUGUCUGGGCUUGAGUGCCAGCGUUGGGACUCCCAGCAACCUCACUCUCAUGGAUACCUCCCGGAAAAUUUUCCAGAGAAGGAUCUGAAGAUGAAUUAUUGCCGUAAUCCCGAUGGUGAACCUCGGCCCUGGUGUUUCACCACCAGCCCAACUAAACGCUGGGAAUAUUGUGACAUUCCUCGUUGCACAACACCCCCACCAGUUCCUGCACCAGGGCGUCAGUGUCUAUCAGGAAGAGGAGAAGACUAUCGAGGCACAAUAUCUGUUACUGAAUCGGGAAAUACCUGUCAGCACUGGAGUUCUCAAUCUCCUCACAGACAUGCUCGCACUCCUGAAAAUUAUCCCUGCAAGAGCCUAGAGGAAAACUACUGUAGAAAUCCCGAUGGUGAGAAGAUGCCAUGGUGUUACACUACAAACAGAACUGCCCGGUGGGAAUAUUGCACCAUCCCCUCUUGUGAUGCAACAGAGCCAGAGGCCCCUGAUGCAAGGGACUGGUUUCUGUUAUUCACUACAGCUGUUGAUGUGCCUGAGCAGGCUCAAAUUACUGAGGAUUGCUAUCAAGGCAAUGGUGUGACUUACCGUGGUACAGCUUCUUUCACUCUCACGGGAAAGAAAUGUCAAGCCUGGAGCUCAAUGUCACCACACCGACACAACAAAACGGCAGACCAGUUCCCAAAUGCGGACCUGAAGCAGAAUUAUUGCAGAAACCCAGAUGCCGAUAGCCGCCCAUGGUGCUACACCACCGACCCCAGUGUGAGAUGGGAGUAUUGCAACCUGAAGAGGUGUGAUGACCAUGUACCAGUGACUUUACCAAAACCUCCUCAGACAACACUGGAAACAAAUCCUGACUGCAUUAAUGGUAAUGGUAAAGAUUAUCGUGGCACAGUAGCAAAAACUGUAAGGGGCAGGACUUGUCAAGAAUGGAGUUCUCAGAGACCUCAUAGCCACGACUAUUUCACUCCCAUGACUCAUCCAGGAGCAGGCCUGGAUAAAAAUUAUUGCAGGAAUCCUGAUGGAGAUGUAAAUGGACCUUGGUGCUACACAACAGACCCAAGAAAAGCCUGGGAGUACUGUGACAUUCCCAAGUGCCCUCCUGCUCAGUAUGAGUGUGGAAAAUCCAAGUUCAGACCAAAGUUGUGUGCUCAAAGGAUUGUUGCUGGGUGCAUUUCGCAUCCACACUCUUGGCCCUGGCAAAUCAGCCUCCGGACAAGUUUUGGCAUGCAUUUCUGUGGGGGAACUCUGAUAGACCCACAGUGGGUUCUUACUGCCGCUCACUGCUUAGAGAAGUCCUCACGCCCAUCUGCGUAUAAAGUAUACCUUGGAUUACACAGAGAAAGAGCAUCAGAGGCAUCAGUCCAAAAACGAGAUGUUGAGAAAUUGUUCAAGGAGCCACACAGGGUGGACAUUGCUCUGCUGAAACUGAGCAGCCCAGCAGUCAUCAAUAAUCAUGUCAUCCCGGUUUGUUUGCCAAAAGAAAAUGCUGUGUUAGGAGGAAGAGAGGAGUGCUAUGUGACGGGCUGGGGGGACACAAAAGGAACUGGUGGUGAUGGAUACUUAAAGGAAACUGGGUUCCCUGUAAUCGAGAAUAAAAUAUGCAACCGCCCUGAAUUUUUGAAUGGUAGAGUCAAAAAACACGAGCUCUGUGCUGGGAAUAUUCACGGUGGCACAGAUAGCUGCCAG